AUGACUCCAGCUUGUGUUCCUCGUGUAUCGGCAACCGAUGAUCCAGAGAAAAUCAUCCAAGCCCUACAUCAAGCCGGUGCACUCAUUAUCGAAGGUCUUUUGUCUAGAGACCAGGUGCAGGGGUUGAACCUCGAACUCGACAAACCGUUAGAGGCCAUAACUUCGGGUUCGAAACACAAAGUCGGCGCAAUCCAAGAUUUUCACGGCAGCAAUACAAAGCGCCUCACAAAUGUUACAACCCAUAGCAGAAUAUUCCGUCACCAAGUACUUGAAAACGAAUUGGUUCACGCGGUGGCUGAGAGUGUCUUUCACCAAAACUCCGGGACGUACUGGAUGGGUGCCGCUCAGGUGAUCCAAAUUGGACCUGGAAACAAAGCUCAAGUACUUCACCGAGACCAAGGCCAGUACCCGGUUUUUAAUCUAUUGGGCUCGAAGGCUCCGGAGGCGACCAUCAAUUUUCUCAUCGCCCUGACGGAUUUUACCGUAGAAAAUGGUGCGACCAGAGUUAUUCCCGGCUCCCACCUAUGGGAGGACUAUUCUGACAUGGGAUCGCACGACCAAACAAUCCCUGCUACUAUGAAAGCCGGCGACGCUGUUCUAAUGAGCGGCAAGACCGUUCACGGUGGCGGGGCGAACAAAACUGCAGAAGAGCUCCGUCGUGGCUUAGCCUUCACGCUACAGUGUAGCUAUUUGACACCCGAAGAAGCAAAUCCGUUCAUCAUCGGAUUGGAGACCAUCAAGGAAUUGUCUCCAAGAGCACAACGCAUUUUGGGAUUCCGCUCACAAUUCCCAAAAUCGUCACCCGGUCUUUGGCAAUCCGACUAUUGUGAGCUUGGAGACGUUAUUGGUCUCUCAGGAGACGAUCCUGCCCUUGAUCGCUUAAGGAAAGGAAUCAACGUGACGAUUUAA